AUGCUACUUCCGUCGUUCACAUAUUUCGAACGUCUAUCUACGGACCGUCCGUAUCUGCGCUCAUUCAUACGCGCAUUCCUCCUGCCGGAGCGGCAGAAUCUACACAAGAUGCACUCGGUCCUUCCCGAGACCAUAAGGGAGAAGAUGGUUCGAGAUGAAGACCAAGAUCUUCGCAGAUCGUUUGAUCUGCAUAAAAUUGAGACACCAGUAGUUCUGAUCUGUGGACAUGGUGGAAGAGAUCAGAGAUGUGGUGUGAUGGGACCGUUGCUUCAGGCAGACUUCAUGAAUGCACUUGAAAGGCUGGGCUUCACUGUUCCGGCAGCGCAAGAACUUCCGGUCUUAGGAGCAGGGUGCAAAGGUGCCGAUAGAACAGCUAAUGUCGGACUGAUCAGUCAUAUUGGCGGUCAUAAAUUUGCAGGCAAUGUUAUCGUGUAUUUGCCACCACGAUACGGCUUAGAGCAUGGGAAAGUAGAAGGGAUACACCCGUUGGCAGGCAAGGGAAUAUGGUACGGGAGGGUUGAACCAAGGCAUGUAGAGGGGAUCGUUCAGGAGACCAUUAUGAGCGGUAGAAUUAUCGAGGAAUUGUUUCGUGGUGGAAUUGAAGCUGACGGCACGGUCUUGAGAAUCCACUAG